CCUUAGCCGUCUCCUUCCCUGGUUCGCUCGCUUUCUUCCUUCUGUUUUCUCUCUCUUAUUAUUUCUUUUCAGUCUCUUUCGCUGUCAAAUCUUUCCCCUGAGAUUUUUUUUUCCUGUUGCUCGAAUUACAAUUUAGUGAAGAUAGCAUUUCGUAUUUUCCGAUCUGAUUCUCAUUUAAAUUCAAUCUGCGAGAGCGACGCUCAGGAUUUGCGUUUAUAAUAACCCUUUAAUGCAAAGCAGUGUGCAUCGUGAGAAACCUAGCUCGAUCGCAAUGAUCUUGGAAACUCAACGGAUCGUCGAUAAGCGUCCGAGGAAACGGCCCCGUUUGGCUUGGGAUGCUGCACCCCCUCCUCCUCCACCAACGGUAUUUCAUCCGCCGUUGUACUAUGGUCAAGAGUUUGCGAGUGGAGUAGCUCCCAGUUUUGUGUACCCGAACAUGUUUUAUAAUGGCUUUCCUCGUCAGGGCUCUCCUCCCUGGAGACCUGAUGAUAAAGAUGGUCACUUUGUCUUUGUCGUUGGAGAUACGUUGACCCCACGAUAUCAAAUUCUCAGCAAAAUGGGUGAAGGUACAUUUGGACAAGUAUUGGAAUGUUUUGAUAACAAAAACAAAGAAGCUGUGGCCAUCAAAGUUAUACGGUCUGUAAACAAGUAUCGUGAAGCUGCUAUGAUUGAAAUUGACGUGCUGCAGAGGCUUACAAGGCAUGACGUUGGUGGUUCUCGUUGUGUGCAAAUACGGAAUUGGUUUGACUAUCGUAAUCAUAUUUGUAUUGUGUUUGAGAAGCUUGGGCCAAGCUUAUAUGAUUUUCUCCGCAAAAACAGCUACCGUUCAUUUCCUAUUGACCUUGUUCGGGAGCUUGGCAGACAACUUUUGGAGUCUGUAGCAUAUAUGCACGAUUUACGGCUGAUUCACACAGAUUUGAAGCCGGAGAACAUUCUUCUGGUGUCGUCUGAAUAUAUCAAAAUACCUGAUUAUAAGUUUCUAUCACGGCCCACGAAAGAUGGAUCAUACUUCAAGAAUCUGCCAAAGUCAAGUGCCAUAAAGCUCAUUGAUUUUGGAAGUACAACCUUUGAACAUCAAGACCAUAACUAUAUCGUAUCCACAAGGCAUUACCGCGCACCAGAAGUUAUCCUAGGGGUUGGAUGGAACUAUCCAUGUGACCUGUGGAGUAUUGGUUGCAUACUUGUUGAACUUUGUUCGGGAGAGGCGCUUUUCCAAACGCAUGAAAACUUGGAACAUUUGGCCAUGAUGGAAAGGGUCCUAGGACCAUUGCCACCUCAUAUGGUGCUCAGAGCCGACCGGCGCUCGGAGAGAUACUUCAGGCGAGGUGCAAAGUUACAUUGGCCUGAAGGUGCGACGUCGAGAGACAGCUUGAAAGCAGUGUGGAAACUUCCCCGGUUACCGAACUUGAUCAUGCAGCAUGUGGAUCACUCGGCGGGUGAUCUGAUAGAUCUGUUACAAGGGCUGCUUAGAUAUGAUCCAGCGGCAAGGCUCAAGGCAAGAGAAGCACUGAACCAUCCCUUCUUCACACGAAGCCGAGAACAGAGUAUUCCCUUUAACCCAAACCCUGGUCCAUUUUUAUAUAACCACAAGAACUAGUAAAAGAAGAAACAGCAGAUGGAUGUUUGGAUAAAAAAAUCUGCAGCUUCUGGUUUCUUCACUUUUCUUGGGGUUUGUUGUAGUCAUGUUAUACAUAAUUUCAUGUAUAGAAAUGAAAAGAAAAGAGGGAAAGGCCUGUGUACCUUAAUUUCGUGUGUCUGUUAUUUUUGUUUUCUUGGGUUCGGUCUCCCACCACCAAGGUUGUUCCGUAGCGGUUUGAAAGUGUUAUUACAGUUAUUUACACUCAAAGUCAAUGUUACAAAUG